AAAUUGGAUGAAUCUUCGUGAUGCAGAGACGGGGAAAAUCCUCUGGCAAGGGACAGAAGACCUGUCUGUACCUGGAGUGGAGCAUGAAGCUCGAGUUCCUAAGAAAAUCCUGAAAUGCAAAGCAGUGUCCCGGGAGCUAAACUUCUCCUCAGCAGAGCAAAUGGAAAAAUUCCGACUGGAACAGAAAGUUUAUUUCAAAGGGCAGUGUCUAGAAGAAUGGUUUUUCGAAUUUGGCUUUGUGAUCCCUAACUCCACAAACACUUGGCAGUCCUUGAUAGAGGCAGCGCCAGAAUCACAGAUGAUGCCAGCUAAUGUUUUAACUGGUAACGUUAUUAUAGAAACCAAGUUCUUCGAUGAUGACCUCCUCGUAAGCACUUCCAGAGUGAGACUUUUCUACGUUUGAGAUAAGGGGGCGUUUGGGGGCUGUUUUUAGUUUUCCUCCGUACAGUUCUUGGUGCAGAACCCCUUGCCUAUCCAGUGGAAGACACUUCCUGUAGGUGUGAGCCUGGGGACCAGCUCACCGGGGAUUGUGAUGCUUGCCCAUCGGUUAUUUUUUCCCCCUCCGACCAAACUCAACCCUGAGAGACACAACCAUCAGCUCAGUGAUGGGGGAAAAUAAAGACUCUGUAAAAAUGGGCAAAAAAUGGUUGUGCAGAACCAACACUGUAAAUUAUGUUAGUUUCAUCCUUUGUACUACUCUGGAUCUUGGUACGUAAUCGGUCACUCCCACUUGCACCUUCUCUCAGCACUUUUUUGGAUUAAGUUAACCUUUUUCUUUCCCAUGUUUAGUUUUUCUGCUCUCUCUGUAUUUCUGUGUAGUGGUCUAUUCAUUCUCAUACCCUACCCUUGUAAAAUAGACUGCUAUUACAUAAUGUAAUUAAAGCAAAUUUCUGAAUUAAAACAUUCGUACCGUCCAAAGAA